AUGAUAGAGUACAUUACUGGGAAAUUAGCCAGAGAUUGGCGAACGCCUAAUUAUAUGCUUGUAGUACAUCCUGAAAUAGAUUUAACAUCCGAAACUGAUUAUGUAGCGACGUAUUUGAUCAGGCAUGGAAAAAAGGAUAUAACAGCUAUUCAGAAAAAACUUGGUAUUAAUAGUAAUACGUUAAAGCAAAUAGAACACAAGCCCGAUGGAAAAACACUCGCUGAUUCAUAUAAGUUGCUAUUAUAUUUGGUAGGAGAUUUAAUAUUGAUACAAAAAAAUCUUGACAUUGAUGGCAACCCCAUUCUGGCAGUGAAAUAUAAUAAUAUGGCAAAUCAAAACAAUAGAGAUUCUUCCAAUUUGUCACUUUCGAAAUUAUUUAAUUUGCUUUUAUACUUGGAAGAGGAUAUAAACACAAUUCAGGAAGAACUUGAUAUUGUUGAUUAUACUAAUGAAGAAAUAGCAGAAGAAGCUGAUAAAAAUGUGAAAGUGUACCUCCAAAAAUUUGAGAAAUUUCAUGAUCCCUUAGAAGAUAAUCUAGGUAAAAAAUUUUGGUUUACUGGUGAGGGAAUACCAUUAUUUCCAAAUGUCUCUCCUCAACAAUUGCAUGAAAUUUUCGUCAAAAAAUCAGCUAGUGCCAAUCAGUACCCAUCUGGAGGCUGUCGAAUAUCCUGA